UUUUCUAGAAAAUGAAAGUAAUAUAUUAAUCGUCUGCUAAACCCUCGAUAUCCAUCUGCUUGCUUUCUCCUACCAUUUUUAUCCAUUCAAGCUCCCUCCCUCUCUCUCACUAAUGGCCACCACUGUACUAAAAGCACCACCCGGGUUUUGUGCGCCGCCGGCGGCUUUCGCCGGCGCUUCCUCCCUCAAAUCUCUAAACUCUACGCGCGUUUCAUUUUCACCCAACAGGCUUCCGGUGAUAAGGUGUCGGAUUUACAGCACGGGCUACAAGAGGAAGUCACCCAUCCGCCAGGUUCCAAAAUUCGUGACCUUUGCUGCGGAAGGUGAAACUGCGGAGGUCCAAACGGAAACCCAAGAGAAAGACCCGGUUCAAGGAGCCGAACCCGAAAAUGAGGUGAACAACACAGAUGGUGCAGUUGACGUUGAUUCUUCAAGUGAGAGUGAAGAUGCAGUUCCCGAAGAACAUAGCUCUGUGGUUAUAUCUUCUUUAAAUUUGUAUAAAGAAGCUCUAGCAAAUAACGACGACUCGAAAAUCACUGAGGUAGAAUUAUUUCUCAAAUCCAUUGAAGAUGAGAAAAUCGAUCUCGAGAAGAAGGUGGCCCAGCUAACCGAAGAACUAUCGUACGAGAAGGAUCGAGUCCUUAGGAUCAGUGCCGAUUUUGACAAUUUCCGUAAAAGGACAGAGAGGGAGCGCCUUUCGCUCGUUUCAAACGCGCGAGGAGAAGUUGUCGAGAAUCUCUUGCCCGUUUUAGAUAAUUUCGAGAGAGCCAAAGCUCAGAUCAAACUGGCAACUGAAGGGGAAGAAAAAGUUAGCAAUAGUUACCAGAGCAUAUAUAAGCAGUUUGUGGAGAUUUUGGGGUUUUACCAAGACCUGGAUACGCUUUUAAGUCGAGUUAAUUCUCGAUUUGUUGGAAGAGCCAACUCGCUACACGAAGCCAUAAUGCGUGAAGAUUCAACCGAGUACGAAGAUGGUGUUGUUAUUGAAGAAUACAGAAAAGGAUUUCAACUCGGCCAAAGACUGUUACGCCCAUCAAUGGUCAAGGUCUCAGCUGGGCCCGGGCGUGGGCCUGCAAAGCCCGAAAAUGGUGGCCCAGAAGAAACCAAUGAGAACAACAAUGAUCAAGAGGAUAGCCCGGAAACCACAACUGCCUGACUCAAUCACCUUAUAUGAAUCAAUUUUGUAUUGAUUAAAAAAAAAAAAAACUCUUUUAGCAAUUAUUUUGAGAGAAAUAGUAAUUUAUUUUUGUGGGAUUUCACUUGGAUUUGGAUAUGUUAGUGAUUAGCUUGCCCAUGCUUAGAGGAGAUAUUUUUCACGCAUUAAUGUAGCGAAAAUUUGUACCUGGAAAAAAAGUACAUUCUGAUAUUCGAAUGGAUUUUGG